CUCUCUUUCUUACUACUCUGUCGCUUGGCGCGCUCUCUCUCCAUAGUUCCAGUUCUGAUAUCUCACUUUCACAGUUUGUGUCUGUGCGAUAAUGGCCAUGGCAGAGCUCUCAACCCCCCAAACGACGUCGCCUUUUCUGAACUCGUCGUCUCGGCUUCGUCUCUCUUCAAAAUUGCAUCUUUCAAACCACUUUCGCCAACUUCUUCUUCCACCUCUCCACACAACAACUCCCAACUCCAAAAUCUCUUGCUCCGUUUCUCAGAAUAGCCAAGCUCCUGUUGCGGUUCAAGAAAAUGGAUUGGUGAAGACGAAGAAAGAGUGUUAUGGAGUGUUCUGCCUCACCUAUGAUCUUAAAGCUGAAGAAGAGACAAGAACAUGGAAGAAGUUAAUCAAUAUUGCAGUUUCAGGUGCAGCAGGAAUGAUUUCUAACCACCUUCUCUUCAAACUUGCUUCAGGGGAAGUAUUUGGUCCAGAUCAACCCAUUGCAUUGAAACUGCUAGGAUCAGAGAGGUCAAUCCAAGCUCUUGAAGGUGUUGCAAUGGAACUGGAGGAUUCAUUGUUCCCAUUGUUGAGAGAAGUUGAUAUAGGAACAGAUCCAAAUGAAGUGUUCCAAGAUGUGGAGUGGGCUAUUCUGAUCGGUGCAAAACCUCGAGGCCCUGGAAUGGAACGUGCUGACUUGUUGGACAUCAAUGGCCAAAUCUUUGCUGAGCAGGGCAAAGCUCUUAACAAAGCUGCCUCUCCUAACGUCAAGGUUCUUGUAGUGGGAAACCCUUGCAACACCAAUGCCUUGAUUUGUCUUAAAAAUGCUCCCAACAUUCCUGCAAAGAACUUCCAUGCCCUCACGAGGUUAGACGAAAAUCGUGCCAAAUGCCAGCUUGCUCUUAAAGCCGGCGUCUUCUAUGACAAAGUGUCUAAUAUGACCAUAUGGGGAAAUCACUCCACGACUCAGGUGCCAGACUUCUUAAAUGCCAGAAUUAAUGGCCUGCCUGUGAAGGAGGUUAUUACAGAUCACAAAUGGUUAGAAGAGGGAUUCACUGAGAGUGUGCAGAAGAGAGGUGGGUUAUUAAUUCAGAAAUGGGGUCGAUCUUCUGCUGCUUCUACUGCUGUUUCCAUUGUUGAUGCUAUAAAGUCUCUUGUAACUCCUACUCCUGAGGGUGAUUGGUUUUCGUCUGGGGUGUACACGGAUGGAAAUCCUUAUGGUAUUGAAGAGGGCCUUGUCUUCAGUAUGCCUUGCCGGUCUAAGGGAGAUGGAGAUUAUGAACUUGUCAAGGAUGUAGAAAUUGAUGACUACCUUCGCAAACGAAUCGCCAAGUCGGAAGCGGAACUCUUGGCUGAGAAGAGAUGUGUUGCACACCUCACUGGAGAGGGCAUCGCCUACUGUGAUCUUGGUCCGGUAGAUACUAUGCUUCCUGGGGAAGUUUGAUUUUUGCAGGACGUUGAACAUCUCAAGUAAGCAUUUUCUUCCGGGUUGUUAGCUGUACAGAGCACAGCCACAUUACUUAUGAUUGUUGUUCAGAAUAAGAAAAUGAAACUCUU